UUAGAACACUUUGAAAAACAUAUCCUUUGAAUAUCCAAAGAGAUUCUACUCAAUCCCCUUCUUAUAUCCAAGCAAGGCAAUUGUUUUGAUUGCUAAAUCAUUUCUUGCUUGAGUUUUUCCUCAUUGCUUGAGUCUUUGAGAGAUAUUGCCAUAUUCCAAAGGACAUCAUUGUAUUUGCAGCAAUCUACUCCGUGUUGGGAGAAUUACUCGGUUGCGGUUUGUUUUCUUACUUUAUUAGCAAGGGAUUUUCAAAGCUUUACCGCUGAAAAUUUAAAAAGAUCAUGGCCAGAAGAACAUUUCAACCCAGAGUUGCCGAAGGACAAUCCACGACAAGGCCACCACUCUUCGACGGCACAAAUUAUGCUUAUUGGAAAGAGAGGAUGAGAAUAUUCAUCCAAUCAAAUGAUUAUGAUUCUUGGUUGGUGAUCAAGCAUGGAGAGACGGUUCCCACGAAGAUUGUUGACGGGGUUCUUGUUCCAAAGUUAGAGACCGAAUAUACCUCAAAUGACAAAAAGAAGAUGCAACUAAAUGCAAGGGCCAUCAACUUUCUAUAUUGUGCCGUGAACCCGGAUGACUAUCGGAAAAUUUCAAGGUGCAAGACGGCCAAUGAGAUGUGGAACAAAUUAGAGGUCACAUACGAAGGAACAAGUCAAGUGAAGGAUUCAAAGAUCGACUUACUCACCCAUGAGUAUGAGCUUUUCAUGAUGAUGGAAAAUGAAACAAUAGAUGGCAUGUUCGAGAGAUUUUCAACUAUCGUCUCAAAUUUGGAUACACUUGGGAAGCAUUAUGAGGAUCAUGUUCUAGUUCGAAAAAUCCUUCGAAGUCUCACACCGGAAUGGAAGUCUACGGUCAAUCCUAUCAAAGAAGGCCGAGAUUACAAUACAUUGACAUAUGACGCACUUCGAGGUUAUGAUGAUUGGAAGAUCAUGAUGGAAGCACAUCUCUACGCUCUACAUGACUGCAUGUGGAUGGUGCUUGAGGAUGGACCCUUGAAAAUCCAAAUGGAGAAUCCUGAAAGGAAUCCAGCAACUCCCGAUGUAAUCCAGUACAUUCCAAAGCCCAAGGAAAAAUGGGAUGAUAGAGAUUGUAAAAAGCACAAUCUGGACAACGUCGCCAAAGCAGCCAUCUUCAAGACACUUGAUCCCAUCACCUUCUCCAAAAUCAAGCAUCUCAAGACUGCCAUGGAAAUAUGGCAAGGUCUUGGGAAGCUAUGUGAAGGAUCAGAGGACUUGAGAAAGCAGAAGAUAGAAGUCCUAAUUGAGAAGUUCAAAGGUUUCAAAAUGCUUCCCGGAGAAUCAUUUGAUAUGUUGGAUGAAAGGUUCCACAAAAUCUUGAAUGAUCUUGCCUCACUUAACCACAUUCUUUCUCCCAAAGAAAAGAAUGUAAGGUUGCUGAGAUCACUCCCAACUGAGUGGUACACCAAAGCCACAGCCAUGGAAGAAGGAAGAAACCUGGAAAACUACACUGUUCAAGGUCUCCUUGAUGAACUCAGAACCUAUGAGCACGAGCUGAAAAAGAAGAAGGAAGAACAAGUCACUCCCUUCCCCACGGCAUUGAUGACAACUUCAAGAAUUCCAUCAACAACAAGAAGAAGAAAAGAAAACUCCAACUCCAUGGUAGUAUGUUAAGGAAGAAGAAGAAGGAGCAAGAAAACCAUUCAAGUGUCCAAAAUCCUGAGCAUAAGACAAUCAGUCCACUUGAACAUCCGGAAGGUAUUGCAAAGAAAGUUUGGCGUUGGAAUGUUGAAGUUAGUGAGUUAAUCGUCGGAAUCAUGUUCAUCGACAUACCCGAAAUUAUGGACAGCAACUUUCUAUUGACUUCAGGUCCAAUUUACGCUAUCUUACAUAUGUUAAAACGAAAUACUUUCUUAUGAAUCCACAGAAUCAAACGGUUUGCAAUUUCGUGAAGAAACGAUGGAGAUAUGCCCAAAUUACCGCAGGCUGUCCAGUUGUGACGGAAAUGACAAAGUUGGCAAAUUUCGAUGUUGUUUUCACUCCCGCUCAUCUAACAAUCGAAUUGAUUAAAUGUGAAAUCAUGUUAUCAUCAUCAAGUACAUUGAUUACAUAGGUGUCAUGUAAUCAUCAUCAAGAACAAUCAAAUUGAUUAAAUGUGAAAUCAUGUUAUCAUCAUCAAGUACAUUGAUUACAUAGGUGUCAUGUAAUCAUCAUCAAGAACAAUUAUAUUGAUUACAUACGUGUCAUGUAAUCAUCAUCAAGAAUAAUUAUAUUGAUUAAAUAUGCCAUCAAGUAAUUAUCAUUAAAUAUUUAUCAUCAUGAUUCAUCAAAUUGACCAUAUGAUAAUAUGUGUCAUAUCAUGAAUGUUACAAUACAUUUUGUGGACGUAUAUAUAUGUAUAUGUAUAUGUCUGAGAAUCAUUCUACAAUUCUAGUGUGGUACCACUCAGCGGUUUCGCUGAGCGUGUAGUUUGUAUUUUUCGUUGACUACACGUAGGUAACAAGAAGACAAUGAUGGAACCACUCCCGGAGGGCAUUGAGUCAGAGGAGAUGCAAGGAUGGCAGGCAAAUGUUGAUCAUCAGAUUUUUAAAUGUGUCAUGAUUUGUUUAUUGUUGUACUUCCGCAUUACUCUGAAAAUAUUUUUAAAUGGGUCGCGAUCCAGAGUCUGUA